ACGUGAGUUGCAUGGGAUCUGUAGAACUCAUCCGAGGGUUCUUUUUAAUUCUAAUCGGACGGUCCAGAGAGUCGCGUCAGCUAAAAGCUAUGUUUUAGGUCUCAAAUCGCAAAACCUGUCACUUCUGUCUCAUAUAAACUCUCAAACCCUCUCUCUCUCUCUCUCUCUCAUCGACUCGGCCAAGUCUCAGACGUCAUCAAUGGCUUUGCCAAAUCAGCAGACUGUUGAUUAUCCCAGUUUCAAGCUUGUAAUUGUUGGUGAUGGUGGAACAGGGAAAACGACAUUUGUGAAGAGACAUCUUACUGGUGAAUUUGAGAAGAAAUAUGAGCCAACCAUUGGCGUGGAAGUUCAUCCUCUGGAUUUCUUCACCAACUGUGGAAAAAUUAGGUUUUAUUGCUGGGACACAGCAGGGCAGGAGAAAUUCGGUGGCCUUAGGGAUGGCUACUAUAUCCAUGGACAAUGUGCCAUCAUCAUGUUUGAUGUAACUGCCCGAUUGACUUACAAGAAUGUUCCCACAUGGCACCGGGAUCUCUGCAGGGUGUGUGAGAAUAUUCCAAUUGUGCUUUGCGGAAACAAGGUUGAUGUGAAGAACAGGCAAGUGAAGGCAAAGCAAGUUACUUUCCAUAGGAAAAAGAACUUGCAAUACUAUGAGAUUUCAGCAAAGAGCAAUUACAACUUUGAGAAACCUUUCCUGUACCUCGCCAGAAAACUUGCAGGAGAUGCAAACUUGCAUUUUGUGGAGUCUCCCGCCCUUGCCCCUCCAGAAGUGCAGAUUGACAUGGCUGCUCAGCAACAGCAUGAGGCUGAGCUUGCUGCAGCUGCAAGUCAGCCUCUUCCAGAUGAUGAUGAUGAUGCAUUUGAAUAGAUGAUGGGAUUCCUCCUCGGAGAGAAAAGUUACAGCCCAAGUCGUGUCUCAUUCCCUUUGUGAUGGGUUCGUUGGUGUUCUAUCAUACAUGGCUUUGUUAGGAUUUUAUGUUUCCAGCUCCAAUUAUUGAGAGCAUUUUGGAUUAUAUGUGUAGGGUGGUUUGGAAUUGUUAUUAGAUAUGUUGCUUGGUAUUUGUUUGUGAAGAGGGUAUGAUGUGUGCGGACUUUUAAUUCUCGUUUGAUAUUGAGCUUUCUUGUUUUUGGCAGAAGUUGAUGACAUAACUUGUGUCCACCAUGGCUUUGUUAAGGAAGAUGCGGUUAAGAAGACA